AUGGAGCUCACUCAGAGUCAGCACAAUCACUCUGGAGCUAUUGUCAUCCUUCUCUUGGUAUUUUGUGGAUUUACUGUCAUGGAUAUUGUUGAUGCAGUUUGGUUCAACCAUGGAGGCGACUUGAGUAACAGCAGAUCACGCUCCAUCGAAGAACCCUUGAUCAACCCCCUGCUUAUUUCCAAAUUGAGAUUGAAAUGGAAGUUUUUCACUGGAGAUGACACAACAGCAACGCCUGCAGUGGCUCAUGGUGUUGUCUACUUUCCUUCAUGGAAUGGAUAUUUGUAUGCAGUGAAUGCAUUCAGUGGUGCUCUUGUAUGGAGGCAGCAUCUAGGGGAGCUCACAGGGCUGAGUCCAGCAGGGGUUGUGGUGAAUGUAACUGUGUCAAGAACGGCACCUGUAAUAGCUGGUCAUCUCCUUAUCAUAGGAAUAUAUGGCCCUGCAGUGGUUGUUGCCAUCAAUCGGUUUAGCGGGGCACUUGUGUGGUCCACUGUUCUGGAUACACGUCCUAGAUCUCAAAUCACCACGUCUGGAACCCCCUACUUAGGGGGUUUCUAUGUAGGUGUAUCAUCACUUGAGGUAACUCUACCAGCUGAACAGUGUUGCACUUUCCGGGGUAGCAUGGCGAAGCUAGACAUCCAAACUGGAGCCGUCUUAUGGCGAACCUAUACAAUUCCGGACAACGGUGGCAAACUGGGGGGUUAUUCGGGAGCUGCUAUAUGGGGCAGCAGCCCUGCAAUUGACACAAAGAGAAAUCUUGUUUACAUUGGAACUGGGAACCUGUACAAUGCUCCAGCUGAGGUGCAACAAUGUCAAGCCAGUCGGAAUAAUCAAACAAUACCCUCUCAACCCGACCAAUGCAUCGCUCCAGAUGUCCACUUCGACUCCAUUCUGGCCUUGGAGUUAGACUCUGGAAAAAUCAGAUGGUUCCGACAAUUUGGAGGCUACGAUGUAUUUUAUUUUGUUUGCCUGGUGCCGAAUAACCCAGCUUGUCCGACUGGGCCUAACUUGGAUGCGGACUUUGGAGAAGCUCCAAUGCUGCUCACCAUAUUUCCAAAUGGCACCAGGCGUGACGUUGUGGUUGCUCUGGCAGGGCCCGGUGGUCUGGAAGGAGGAGGAGUGUGGGGUGCAGCCACAGACGGGAAAAGGGUGUACACAAACAUCGUGAAUAACGCAGGAGUGAGGUUCAGGCUGGCACCCUCCAACCAAACCACGACGUUCGGAGCAUGGGUAGCAUUGGAUGCAAAUACAGGAGAAAUUGUAUGGUCAACAGCCAACCCCAGCAAUGAAACUGCCCAUGGCCCAGUGACGGUGACUAAUGGAGUGGUUUUUGCUGGGUCAGUGGCCCCUUCAGGCCCAUUCUACGCAAUGGACGCAGAAACAGGGACUAUUAUAUGGACAUAUAACACCAAUGCCACCGUGUACGGUGGCGCAUCAGUGAGCUACGGUUGUGUUUACUUGGGCCAUGGCUAUUCAGUGAGUUUAGCCAGGUUCCACCCGACGUGGACUCGAGGAAAUUCUGUCUUCGCAUUCUGCACUGUGUGA